AGAAAUCACUGCCGUUGUUACCUUCCUUACCCAUUUGUGUCGCCAAGCUUGUCGCUCCUUCAUCCUGUCGUGCUUGAUAAAAAUAGUGAGCGCGUGAAUCCCGAGCUCAAGCUAGCGCAAGAUGAGCUUGCAUUUCAACGUUGGUGCCUAUCAUUGGCAACGUGGCCCGCAUGAAGCACACCGCAGUGAGCAUCGCCGUCCACGGGCCGCUUCACUGUCUAGGCUGGAUCCUCUUCGCCGUCCUCCUGUUGAACGCCGUGAAGAAGACCGAUGCCUCCUCGUAUGUGAACCCGUCACCUGAGGGCAACUCGUGGGCUCCGUGCGCGUUUGCCGCCGAGCAGAUCGCCGCCGAGGGCAACGGGACCACGUACGGGUCGUGCUUGGCCUGCGACCCGACGAACUUCGAGUGUCCGCCCAAGUGCCAGUCCCUGAUCGACGCCCUCUACAAGCAGUGCGACGGCGUAUACGCGCCCCAGGACCAGUACUUCGACCCCGCACACACGCUCAACGGCUACUGGAACGACAACUUCGGCGUGCUGCGCGUCCAGGCCGCCCGUUGCGGCUGCAGUGACGCCCCGUGGCCGACACCAUCGGUGGCAUGGCUAGUAUCCUGCACAGCAAUGGCCACCGCGCUCAUGUUGACUUGACCACGGGCCGGUCGAUGUAGAUGUUAGCAGCAGGAGGGCGAUUGCGCUGUACACGUAGCAUGCAACACGGCCGCAUUCGCCUCAACACCCGUGCCUACGUUGAAGUUGCCUUUUUCUCUUCGUUUUUGUGAACGGCGUGGCAGAUGGUCACGUCGAUUCCACGUCGGAUUUUAGCGAUGACGUCCACAGGAUCUGCCCGGCCGCGGGAUCUUGUUGCCAUUUCUGAACCAGAGGCCUCGCGCCCAAGUCAAGUCGCCUGCCCCGUCCUCGUAGUCUCCAAUCCCAAUGCUGCCGGCCAAGUCUCUCCGCCAGGCGUCGCGCCUGCUGCGCCCCCUGGGCGCGCGCAGCUUCGCGCUGGGGCAGCACAUCGACGACUCCAAGUUCUCGGCCUUCUCGCUCAAGCUGUCGGACGAGCAGCGCGAGUUCCAGCAGCUGGCCCGCAAGUUCGCGCGCGAGGAGAUGAUCCCCAAGGAGAAGCACUACGACCAGACUAUGGAGUACCCGCAGGAGAUCUUCGAGAAGGCCUGGGAGCUAGGUCUCGUCAACACGCACGUGCCCGAGAAGUUCGGCGGCCUCGGCCUCGGCUCGCUGGACGGCUGCAUCAUCGGCGAGGAGCUGGCCUACGGCUGCACGGGCAUGGCCACGGCCAUGGAGGCCAACGGCCUGGCCACGGCCCCGCUGCUCGUGGCCGGCUCGGACGAGCAGAACCGCAAGUACCUGGGCCGCCUCGUGGAGGAGCCCGUGCAGGCCGCCUACUGCGUGACGGAGCCCGGUGCCGGCUCUGACGUGGCCGGCGCCAAGACGACAGCCGUCAAGAAGGGCGACAAGUGGGUCAUCAACGGCUCCAAGAUGUGGAUCACCAACGGCGGCGUGGCCAAGUGGUACUUUGUGCUGGCCAAGACGGACGCCAACGCCAACGCCGGCUCGGCCUUCACGGGCUUCAUCGUGGACGCCGACUCGCCCGGCAUCACGGUCGGUCGCAAGGAGAUCAACAUUGGCCAGCGCUGCUCCGACACGCGCGGCAUCACCUUCGAGGACGUGGUGGUGCCGGAGGAGAACGUGCUGGGCGACCCUGGCUACGGCUUCAAGAUCGCCAUGCAGGCCUUCGACAUCACGCGUCCGCCCGUGGCCAUCGGCGCCGUGGGGCUGGCGCGUCGUGCCUUCGACGAGGCCCGCAAGUACGCGCUCGAGCGCAAGACCAUGGGCGUGCCUAUUGCCAUGCACCAGGCCAUCCAGUUCAUGCUGGCCGACAUGGCCACGGGUAUUGAGGCCGGCCGCCAGCUUACAUACAAGGCCGCGUACGAGAUCGACUGCGGCCGCAAGAACACCAUGUACGCGUCGAUGGCCAAGCGCUUCGCCGGUGACCACGCCAACAAGGUGGCCACGGAUGCCAUCCAGAUCUUCGGCGGGGCCGGCUUCAACACCGAGUACCCGGUUGAGAAGCUCUUCCGCGACGCCAAGAUCUACCAGAUCUACGAGGGAACGUCUCAGAUCCAGCGCAUGAUCAUCGCCAAGGAGAUGUUCUCCCGCCAGUCCAUGGACCCUUAAGCUCGGCCAGCCACUCGAGGGGAGGCGUUGGCUGGCUGCGCUUCGGUGAGCCGUGCUGACGGUUUGAUUAGGAUGAAUAAGGUCGUGGAAGAGCUCCAAAGAUUUGCUACGGGCGUGAUGAUGCGCCUGUGAGUGAUGCCUCAAGCAUUCAAGAGAAGAGUCCUAGAGGCAGCUCGGCGCCCACGAACAAGAGCAGUAACCAAAGGCGCUGUGAACUGCAUGCGUGAAGCUGCUGCAUUGUUAAUGUUAAAGAGACUGAUAUCUUCUGCACUUUGGUGGUGAUGAACAAAAAUCUGCAUCGUGGACAGCGGUCGCUCGGGAGGGAGGGGAUCCUGGCGAAGGCAAGUGAAAGUUGCUUGCUGGCUGAGGUCGAUGGUCACCACUUGCGGUGUUGUUUGUUGUCUAUGAUGAGGUAGCUGGCGCGCUCUCUACGAGGCUUUACUAGCUUUCUGAAACUUUGCUUUGAAGGAUUGCUGAAGGUUUGUUGUGGAGGGAAAUUCUGGGGCCGACUACCACUCAAAUGUCCGCGCUUCCCACUUGAUCUCCGGUCGA